AAAAAGUUAAGCUUUACCUUUUUGCUUUUAGCUAGCUAUCCCCAGCGCCCCUUUCAUCUUACCCAUCAUAAUUCCUCACCAACCACCAACCAUGGUGACACAAGAAAAGAGUCUCUCCGAAGCCAUGAACGCCAGAAUCAUCGGCUCCGGCACCGAUCUCAUCGUUCUUGCACAUGGCUACGGUACAGACCAGUCUAUCUGGGACAAAAUCCUCCCUCCCUUAUCCCAGCAUUUCCAAGUCCUCCUUUUCGACUGGUCCUUCUCUGGCGCCGUAGAGGACACCAGCCUCUUCGAUCCCGUUAAACACUCCUCCUAUGAUGGCUUCGCCAACGACCUAAUAUCACUCCUGGACGAGCUCAACGUGAAAUCCUCCAUCUUCUUCGGCCACUCCAUGUCUGGAUUGAUAGGAUGUAUUGCUUCGGUUAAAAGACCUGACCUUUUUAAAAGUCUCGUACUCAUUGCAGCUUCUCCUAGGUAUAUGAACGCUGAUGAUUACGAAGGCGGGUUUGGGGAAUCAGAUAUUGACGAUUUGAUUUCCAUCCUAAAGUCCAACUACGACGCCUGGGCUAGUCAUUUCCCUUCUGAGGCAAUAGACGCCAAGGACCCUCUCUCCGUCGAGAAGCUCCGGGGUUGCCUGAAACGGAUGAGACCGGAAGUGGCGAUCCCGGUGGCAGAGAUGGUGUUUCGCAGCGACUACAGGAACGUUCUGGAGAAGGUUUUGACUCCAUGCACCAUUAUCCAACCCAGCAAUGACAAAGUUGUCCCGAACUCAGUUGCCUACUACAUGCAAAAGAAUAUCAAGGGGAAAUCGACGGUGGAGAUUGUGGAAAUGGAUGGGCAUUUCCCACAGCUGACGGCGCACCUCCACCUCCUUGAUGUACUAGGUGGAGUUUUGGGUUUUGAGAUUUGAUAACAUGGUCUUUUAGAGUAUGUAUGUGUGUGUGUUUUUUAUUGGCUGUGUAAUAUGGGAUAAGUUUAGAAAUAAAUAUGUUGGGUGCUGUGGCGGUGUGAGUUUAAUGCUUUGUGGGGUAAACUAAGAUGGUCUGUAGAACAUUCCUUGUGUUAUGUCCAUGUGUUUAGUCCAUGUGUUUGUUUUGGUUUUCAAAGUGACUGGAAGUAAAGGCUUUUGGCUUGUAUUGUGGUUAGUUAUUUUUAAUACAUAUGUACUUUAAUAUGAAAUUGGAUAAGCUCUUUAGGCUUAAUUCAAUUUUUAGUC